GUGGUCUGUUUUCUGUUGCAUGCCGGCCAUCGUUUCGCCCUCGCCCUGCGCUGCUGUCCUCCCCCUCCUCAAAAGUCGGUGCCUCAGAUCCCUUCAUCUCGAUCUCCCCCUCCACUUUCCCUCGCCUAUAUAUACCCCCUCCCCUCCCCUCUCCUCCUCCGCCACCGCUCAUCGCCCAUGCCUCGGUCUCCAGAUCGGCGCCCUCCUCCAAAAGAAUAUCAAACUAUGGACGAUAAUGUGAAGUUAAAUUCUCAUAAGAAACUCUAUACACGGAUGAGGUUGUGGGAGUUUGCUGACAAGUAUAUUGUCGAACCGGUGAAUGGCAUUGCUGAUUCAUAUUUGUCAAUCAAUCGUUCUGACGGAAAACUCACCUUAAUUGGGGAGCUUCCACAUUGUGGCUCUACGCAGUCUCCAAAAGUUCAAACUAUCUUUGGCGUGAUUGGAAUUCUUAGGCUUGUAGUAGGGUCAUAUCUACUAGUAGUUACAGAACGUGAGUGCGUUGGUACUUACUUGGGUCAUGCCAUAUUCAAGAUCUCAUCCUUGCAAAUUCUUCCAUGUAAUCAUACUUUGAAUAGCUCUACUGCUGAACAGAAAAAGUUGGAAGCUGAAUUUUCUGUUUUACUAAGCGCUGCUGAGAGGAAUUCUGGUCUGUACUUCUCCUAUGAUGUCAACUUAACACUUAGUGCACAGAGGCUACAUGAUCUAGGUGCUGAGUCAAAGCUACUUCCUCUUUGGCAACAGGCCGAUCCUAGAUUCCUUUGGAAUAACUACUUGUUGGAAGCAUUAAUAGAGAGCAAAGUGGAUCCAUAUUUGCUUCCUAUCAUCCAAGGAAGUUAUCAAAAUUUUCAAGCUGCAAUUGGAACAAGUAUUGUUGAUGUUACGCUAAUUGCACGUAGAUGCACACGGAGGACAGGUACUCGAAUGUGGAGAAGGGGUGCUGACUCAGAUGGGUAUGUUGCAAACUUUGUUGAAUCCGAGCAAAUACUGCAAGCAAAUGGGUAUACAGCUUCUUUUGUACAAGUCCGAGGGUCUAUACCAUUUUUAUGGCAGCAGAUUGUUGAUCUAACAUACAAGCCCAGCUUUGAGAUUGUUAGACCUGAGGAAGCGCCUAGAGUCGUGGAACGACACUUUAUGGAUCUAGGGAAAAGAUAUGGAUCUGUCGUUGCAGUUGACCUCGUCAAUAAGCAUGGCAGCGAGGGACGCUUGAGUGAGAAAUUUGCAAAUUCCAUACAGCCUAUUCUUAGUGAUACCAUAAGGUAUGUACAUUUUGAUUUCCACCGGAUUUGUGGGCAUAUCCAUUUUGAGCGACUCUCCCUUCUUUAUGAUCAAAUUGAGGAUUACCUUAAAGAGCAUAAAUACUUUCUGUCAAAUGUGGAAGGUGGCAAAUCUGAGGAGCAAACUGGUGUUGUGCGAACAAACUGUAUUGACUGUUUAGAUCGAACAAAUGUCACACAGAGCAUGAUUGGGAGGAAAAUAUUGGAAAGCCAACUAAAGCGAAUAGGAGCAUUUAAUGAGAAUGACUCCAUCAGCGCCUAUCCACAUUUCGACAAAAGUUUUAAGAUUUUAUGGGCUAAUCACGGAGAUGAAAUAAGCAUCCAAUACUCAGGAACUCCAGCUUUAAAAGGAGAUUUUGUUAGGUGCGGAAACCGAACAGUCCAAGGUAUUCUGAAGGAUGGAUGGAAUGCACUUGCUCGUUAUUACUUAAACAACUUUGUUGACGGGACAAAACAGGAUGCUAUUGAUCUGCUACAAGGGCAUUACAUUGUAUCCGUUAGUCGAGAUAUGACUCUCCCAGCCCAACCAGGAGGUUUAGAGGCUUAUGCUUCUAUGAAGUUGGCUUCAGCACUUGUGUUGGGUGGCUUUCUUUUUGCAAUAAUGUCGUUGAGACAAGCUAGACACGAUCUUCUCCAUCUAUUUCUUUCUCUGAUCUGGGCUGGCCUCAGUUUGGGAAUAGCAGCAUUUGUGAAAGCCAAUGGGAAGAAGUUCACCAAUCGACCACGUCUUUUCAAAUCACGCCACUAAAAAGAUAAUCUGAAAGAACCAGUAAGUGGCUACCAUUUGCAAUCAAAUGGAUCGUUACGCAAUUGGAUAGUUGUUGGUAUAAACCUGUCAGAUUAAUUUAUUAUAUUUAAGCAUUCAUUUGUUCAUAAGGUUAUUAUUUCACAUUCAAUUGGAUUUUGAGUUGUUUAUCUUCCACAGAAAUAAUUUUAAAGAAAUAACUCCUUGUCUGUCA